UGUCGUCUCUCGCCUCCAGGAGCGACGCGUACAUGGAAAUUGUCCAUUGCCAGUGAGCUGUGCUCUACUUUCGACGAAGUAGAAGAAGCAUCUCCGACACAUUGACCCGUGGCCCAUUGCCUUUGGCUCGAAGAUACAUCGAAGUAACCUUCGAACGUCUGCACCUUCGAAGAACGUCGAACUGUCUCACAGGAUCCUCUCUUCAGCGAUGGCACCAGCCUUUGUGCUUCAGGACGUUUUUCUAUUUGCGGCAUUAAUUUCCUCUUCGGUGACGGCGUACCAAUCACCAACUCGCCUCAUCAUGCAGCCAUAUGAGAGGAAAAUGCUUGUCCAAGGGCGUGUCCAGCCCCUUCGUUCAGGCUUCUGGCCAUCGCUUACUACCAGAACCAUAAAGCUAAAGAGCGCGCAGCAAGGGGGCUGGUUGCCACGGUUCUCUACUGCCCGGACACACGACGACGAACAUGGUGGCGUUAUUUAUAACAAGCUUGACAGAAAGAAGCCACCAAUUCGAACGGAAACAGGUCGAUCUCCAUCGGCACCAAUCAGGCACGAGCCUUGCGACGCUGAUGUGGAUUGCCGCCGGUCACGAACGCUGAUCUGCGUCAAGCGUGCAUACGAACUGCAUGGCCGAUGUCAGUGUCCUUUUUACAGACCGGUCGAAGUUACCAUUGGAGAUAGGACACGUUGUAUUACUGCCAAAGGCAUAUUUGACGAGUGCCGGUCGACAGAGGAGUGCGCGGCAAGCAACCAAAACCUUCAAUGCAUCAACAAGUUGUGCGUCUGUUCGUCUCCUUAUGUGCUGCGAGGAAGCAACGAAUGCGUUCUAGGAAAUGUCUGGGAUGCGAAGCGGAUUCGUUCCGUAUUGGAAGCCGGAUCAGUCUUCCUGGUUAUAGCUCUGGUGACCGGCGCCAUAUGUCUAAUGACCAGAAAAUUUAAGAAGAGAAAUCAGAACAGUGAAAGCCUCGAAUGUAGCACCCUACAAGGAACAAACGGCAUAGUACUCAAUGAAGACGUACGUCCAUGUCCCCGAGCUCCCCAAGCACCUACCCAAAAAGGCAACCUAAUCAAGAAAAUCCCGCGGCUGUCUAUCGCGUACGAUGGUUUGAGGGGCUUGUAUCGUCGAUCCCUUUCCUUUUCCGCGAGAUCCAGUGGCAUCACUGGCGAUCCUGGAGAUACAUCGCAGCACCCAAAGACUCCGAAAAAGUUGUGGCCUCAAGGUGGCUUUCGCUCAAUGGCCAACAAGCUGUAUCAAAAUAAACUCGUGAAUCGCUUGAGAAAGCGAAGCCAACAGGACGAAACUGACCUUCCAUCGCUGUCUCAAUCCACUCUUGAAGAGCGCACCAUGCAGCAAAGCAUGCUGCAGCAAACAGUACGUGACCAAAACUGGCCUCCGCCGGGCAUGUCCCAACAGCAAAUACCGCAGCAGUAUUUCUACGCUGUGCAAGCACAAAGUAUCCCACAAGCUAGUCCAAUGAACAUGCCACACAUUAUGCCACGCACAGUGCCGCAGCAAUACCCUGCACGGAGUAAUGAACUCCCUGCAUAUUCUCACUACGGCGAAGGAGCUAGCAUGCAAAUGCCACAACUUCAGAGAAGCGGUCAGAGCGCUACGUUUACCCGAACGGAAAAUAUGCCAUUCUCCAACGUGGGCAAGUUUUCACACGAAGAGUACCAACGUCCCUCGGAAGGAGGAGCAGGACCUCACCAGUAUGCCUAUUCAACUAAGUACAACGAAGUCGAUCAGAUGGACACUGACGGUGUUGGGAUCGGGCGACCUAUGAGAAGUUGAAACCUCACUAAUCUGUUUGGGUUUGGUUGAAGAGUACAUGCGAAUACCCUUGUGUCGGCAUUUUCCUCUGGCGAAACGGCACCGCGUCCUGAAUAAAAGAUGGUAUACGGUG